AUGUCGUUGAAAACGCUCGCACUGAGGCCAGCGCCGCUUUUCCUGCUCGGCGUGCUGCUGCGAGUUGUCCUGCUCUUUUAUGGGAUGUACCAGGACGCCCAUUCCGCACUCAAGUACACCGACAUAGACUACCUUGUCUUCACGGACGCGGCACGUCUACCCUCUCCAUAUGACCGCGCGACCUACCGCUACACGCCCCUCUUGGCGUGGCUGCUGUACCCAACAACCCUGCCCGGAUUCUUCUCCUUUGGUAAAACCCUGUUUGCGGUGGCCGACAUUGUGGCAGGAUACCUCAUCUGGGGCAUGCUCAGGAAAAGGGGAAGGGCCAUGGAGAGCUGCGGCGCUUUCACCGCCAUAUGGCUCUGGAACCCCAUGGUGGCCACGAUCAGUACCAGGGGAAGCUCGGAGGGUCUGCUCGGGGUGUUGACCAUGGCACUGCUCUGGGCGGUGGAGCAAAAGCGCAUCAGCGUGGCCGGCAUUCUCCUGGGCCUGAGCGUGCACUUCAAGAUUUACCCCUUCAUCUACGCGCCAGCAAUCAUCUGGUGGAUGGACGAUGCCAACUUGGGAAAGGCGGCCCAGGGGGAGGACAUUCCUGCACUGGCGCGGUUCCUGAACAUGGAGAGGGUCACCCUCGCAGUGACGAGCCUGGCUACGUUUGUAGGCCUCAAUGCAACAAUGUAUCUCAUAAGCUACGGGCACGACUUCCUGCAGCACACGUUCCUCCACCACGUCACCCGGCUGGACCAUCGUCACAACUUCUCGCCUUACAAUGUCCUUCUCUACCUGUCGUCCGCCGAACCUUCAAGUCCCACAGGCUUGCGCGUGGAGUCGCUCGCUUUCCUGCCCCAACUGCUGUUGUCCUGCGUCCUGAUUCCCCUGGUCAUGGCGAAGAGAGACCUCGCAGUCAGUAUGAUGGCGCAGACCUUUGCCUUUGUGACUUUCAACAAGGUCUGCACCUCGCAGUACUUCCUCUGGUACAUGGUCUUCCUGCCCUUGUACCUGCCCCACUCAUCAAUGCUGCGCAACCCGACGCUUGGCAUCACAGCGCUCGCCCUGUGGAUCCUCACGCAGGCAGCGUGGUUGCAGCAAGGCUAUGAGCUCGAGUUUUUGGGGCGGAGCACAUUCUUCCCAGGUAUGUGGUUGGCUUCGCUCGCAUUCUUCCUCACGAAUUGCUGGAUUCUGGGCAUCAUCAUCACGGACGGUGCGUCGACCAGACGUGCGCCUGCGCGAAAGGCACAUGCAGAGUAG